CUCCAGCCUGACACCAUCCCUGACAUCGCUACUUCAACAAGGAACCGCCUUUUUACACGGCUGGCAUUCUAGAUAUAUUUCCUGGAACUGUAAUAGCAGAUGUUUAUUCUUUUAGCGUCAACCACCCGGCGGUCCUCUCAGUCAUGCUUUCCGACGAAGGAGCUGUGGCAAGCACUUGUCUCGAGCGAGUCGAUUCCGGUGCUCAGGUCACCUGAGCUGCACCAUCGACCGAUCAUUAGGCAGUUGGCGCAUGGCGUUGACGCACGUACAACCGAAUUGCGUCGUAUGUAGCUCGUGGUUCCUGAGUUCGGAUCCCUAGUAGCGUGGCCACUUCACCAGGACUCUCUUUCCUCAGCUGGCAGGUCACUGCUGCCAGUUUGUGAGGCGCCUCAAAAACAGCUAGCCGAAUCAUCCGCUGAUACUACUAAGUCUCCCCUUCACCCGCAAUGAGCGGUGAGGGGAAACAGCGACCUGUCCGCACCACGCGGCUGCGCGAAACCUCCCUCAAGAGCAUUUUCCUCCGCACGCGGACCCAGCCGCUGGGUGGGCCCACUACUGCUAUUACUAGUAGGCCGUACGGCGAUAGUAUCGCCCCUUCCACCGACCCUGCUCAGGUCAAAGCCACCGAGGCUUUCCCGGAUGCCUCCGACACAGGAGUGCUGGUAACAGAUCAUGUAACCGUUACAUCACCAGAUGCAUCUGUAGCAGCGCCUGACGGACUGGAAUCACCAACAGAUACACCACCGAUGACGGCAGACGCGGCUGCUCUGAUGGCGUCAGACGCUGCUCUGGCAGUUUCUAAUUCACGAGGUGUGCGAGAAGACGGCAACAUACUUGCAACGUCCACAGCAGCUCCUGGUUUAGUUACAGCAUCAGCUUCUGGCGAAACAAGGCUUACUGACCAGGGUGUAGCAAGUACGGGAGGAAACACUGUGCAGGUUGUUCCACUGGAGGCUGAGGGAAGCAAGGAGAAGGCAGUGGCAGAGGGGGGUGCGUCCGUUGCAUCGACAGCAAAGAAUGACUUCUUCCUGCCCGUGUCAGAGAGGAGGAAGCGCAAGCAAGCUGAGAAGCUAGCGCACAAGCUAGUCCAGCAGAAACAGCAGCAGCAGGAGGGGGAACCGAUGCAGCAGCAGCAGGAGCAGAGGGUGGGUGAGGUAAAACGUAAGCCAGGCAGACCAAGAAAGGGAGAGAAGCAGCUGGAGGUGGUUAUGGGGUCUGGAAAACCACAGGAGGGGGAGCAGAUGCUGUUGCAGCAGCAACAGCAGCAGCAGCGGGUGGGUGAUGUAAAACGUAUGCGGGGUAGACCAAGGAAAGGAGAGAAGCAACAGGGGGGGGCUGUGGGAUCUGGGGUGGUAGCAGGAGCACAGGCUGAUGCUGCUGUGGCUGUUGAGGUUUCAACCAUCCCUUUGGCUGACGUGUCACUCACCCCUUUAGCUGACGUGCCAGUCACCCCGUCCGCGGACAUGGCAGUCGCCCCUUCAGUCGAUGUAACAGCCGCCCAUUCAACGGUCGCCGUCGUCCCUUCGACAUCCUGCGUGGGUUCGCCCAUGGGCGUUGGUGUCGGGAGGAAGCGUGUGUGUGCUAUGGAGGAGGACGGGGAGCACGUGCGAGAUCAGGUGCAAACGGGGAGUGAAGGGGUCGAAGGGAGUGAAGCAGGAAAGGGAAGAAAGGUGAAGGGUAAGCGUGUGUGUGCUAUGGAGGAGGACGGGGAGCACGUGCGAGAUCAGGUACAACCAGGGAGUGAAACGGCAAAGGAAAAAGAGCAAAAGGAGGUGGCGGAGGAGGAUGGGGAGUCCAAGCGAGAUCCGGUGCAAAGGGAGAGAGAAGCGGCAAAGGAAAAAGAGCAAAAGGAGGUGGUGAAGGAGGAUGGGGAGCACAUGCGAGAUCCGGUGACGAGAGAGAGUGAAGCGGCAAAGGGAAGAGAGCAAAAGGAGGUGGUGGAGGAGGAGAAAGUGGAGGCCUUUGGGGAGGAGAGGGUGGAGGCGAACGGGGCUGAGAUUGGGCCGUGUGGCAAGGGGGAAGAAGAGAGUGCGGAUGCUGCUGCGACUUCUGGGUCUCCUGCUGCAGAGAAGGCACCCGGGACUGCUGAUGCUGCUGUCAAUGAGGCCGUUGCUGCUACCACUGCAAGUGAGCCUGUUGCUCCAGCCGCUGUUGCUGCUGCUGACACCCUGUCGCAUGCUGCUGCGGCUUCUGGGUCUCCUGUUGCAGAGCAGGCACCCGGGACUGCUGAAGCUGCUGCUGUCACUGACGCCGCAGAAGCGGUGAAGGGAAGAGAGCAGAGGGAGAGAGUGGAGGUGAUUGGGGCUGAUACUGGGCUAAAUGGCAAGGGGGACAACGAGAAUGAGGGUGCUGCUGCGGCUUCUGGGUCUCUUGGUGCAGAGCAGGCUUCUGGGACUGCUGAUUCUGCUGCUUUCACUCAAGCUGUUGCUGCUACAGUUGCAAAUGAGCCUGCUGCUGCUGCUGCUGCUGCUGCUGCUGCUGCUGCUGCUGCUGCUGCUGCUGCUGACACCUUAUCGCGUGCGAAGGCGCAGACACCUGCAGCAGCAGAGGCACUGGGCCAAGUGGGGUCCUCACGCUUUGGCCGAAGGUUGAAGCAGAGGAGUCUCUUCGAGCCUCUGCCUGUGCAAGAGCGCCCAAAGAGGCGCAGAAAGCUUGCUGGAGCGACUCAAGAGCCUGGGCAUGGGAAAUUGUCAAAAGCGGCGAACCGAGAAUGCGCGUUGGAAGCCAAUUUUCAAGGGAAGAAACGGCUGCAGCAGAUGAUGCUAGGGGCUCGUUUAGUGCAUGGUGCUGGUGACACAGAGGCCGUAGCAGCAGCGGCACCGGUGCGCAGGUGUGAUACAGACGAAGUUGGUAAUGCUGGUGGGGGGGUGUGCGAGCGGGGCACAAAGGAAGGUGAUAGCAAUGGAGAGGAAGCAGUUGAGCGAGGUACAAAUGAAGGUGAUUAUAGUGGUGAGGAGGUGGAUUUGACAGCAUCAGGCGAUGAAGCUGAGGUGGGGGAGGAAGAAGGAAGAGUUGAGGUUGGGGGAAUGGGGAUGGGGGCGGGGAUGGGGGGGGAGACAAGAGACGGAGCAUUGGAAGGAGAGGGGAGGAAGGAAGGGGAGGAGGGGAAGGAAGAGGAGGAGGGGAAGGAAGGGGAGGAGGGGAAGGAAGGGGAGGAAACUGAUGAUGAUGUGGAAGUAGUGGAGGAGGAAGAGGGGGAAGAGGAAGAGUACAAGGAGGAAGAGGAGGAGGAGGAAGAGGUGGAAGAGGAGGAGGAGGACGGAGAGGAGGAGGAAGAGGAGGAGAUGGAGGCAAAGGUGGAGCGGGAGAAGGCGCGGAUGCGAGAAGAGGCAGCCAAGGCAGCACAGCUCUUUGCCAAGACCACUGCUGGUCGCCCACUGCACUCCUUCUUCCUCCCCAGGCAACGCCACCCAAAGCCAUCCCCUGCCACUGCUGCUGCUGCUGCUGCUGACGAGGCUGCUAAUAACGGGAGCGGCUCUGGUGCUGGUGCUGGUGCUGGGGCAGCAGUUGCGGCAGGGGUAGUAGACUUGGGAGGGCCUGCAUGGGUAGGCGGUGGAAAGGCCGGCGGUGAAGGGUUCUUUGCUGCACGAGUGGUCAGGUUUUCGAGUCGGAAGGCCCCCUUGCUGCCGUUGAAUCCCUUUCAUGUGACCCAAGCGGUGGUGGGGGAGGGAAAGGAGGAGGCACAGCAGCAGCAGCAGCAGGAUCCGUGCUCUGCGACCCUCUCUUGUUUCAUUGGAGCAUCACUUGUCUUCUCUUCUCGUUCGCAAGCAGGCGCUCUCCACUGCAGUCCCCCAUCGCCCUCCAAGUCCGCUCCUCUCCUUUCCUUCUCCACCCCUCUCUCUCCCCCCAAUUCCUCCCCUCCCUUGCCACCUCUCCCUCCCCGCCCCUCCCUUGGCCAAGUGCUGUUCGGUCGCCGUGCGGCUGAGGUGUAUGGGGGGAUGCUUCAAGCAGGGGAGGAGAUACGGGGGAGGGAGUUAGGGGAGAAGAGUGGAGUGGGGGAGAUGUUAGAGGGUGGAACAGGCGGUGGAAAGGCCGGUGCUGGGUGCUCAGCAGCAGGGGAUGCAGCAGUGCAUACGAAUGUAGCAGUUGAUACGGUUGAUAGGGCAGUCGAUACAGCAUUUGAUAGAGCAGUCGAUACAGCAUUUGAUAGAGCAGUCGAUACAUCAGCGAAUGAGACAGCAAGGGAGACAUCAGGGGAAAGAGUGUCAGCAGCAGACGUUGCAAGGGGCACAGAAGCAGCAGCUGAGACAUCUGGAACGGAGGGUUCUGGAGCAGGCUUGACAGCUGGAGCAAACGGAGGAUCACGAGCAGCAGCUGCGUCAGGAGCAGGUGUACCAGCAGCAGCAGCAGCAGUGGCAGCAGCGGCAGCCUCAGCGACUGACCUCUGGUCGCGCCAUUACCAACCAAAGAGUCCCGCAGAGAUUUGCGGUAACGAGGCUGCUGUUAACGAGUUGCUCCAGUGGCUGAAGCAGUGGCAGGGCCGCCUUGGAUUCACACCCGUCUGUGAUGCUGCUGCUGCUGCUGCUGCUGCUGCUGCUGCUGCUGCUGCUGCUUGUGGUGAUGCUGCGGCUGCUGCUGCAGAUGCAGAUGCAAUUGCUUCUUCUGGCAAUGCUGCUGCUGCCAAUGCCGUCGCUGCUGCUGCUCCUGCUGCUGCUGCAGGUAGAACUGAUAGACUGGGAAGCAGGGGAGGUGAAGACGGGAGGGGAGGUUAUCGAAGCAGGCGGGGGAGGACUGUGAAGCAAAGGAGGGCGUGGGGAGCAGAUAAGGCAGGAGAUGGGAUUGAGAGCGGUGAAGAGGGAUGGAGUGGUGAUGACAGUGAUGGUGACAGGGGGGGUGAGUGCGAGAGUGACUAUAGCGCACAGAGUGACGACUAUGGCCAAGGAAGUGACUCUGACGGAUGGUUGGAGGAGGAGCAGGGGGAGCAGCUGCCAUGUGCUGUGCUGCUAACAGGACCUGUGGGGAGCGGCAAGACAGCAGCGGCAUACGCCUGUGCAGCUUCCCUCGGCUUCCAAGUCGUCGAAGUAAAUGCCUCUGACCCCCGUGACGGGGCGUUGCUUCGAGGAAAGUUCUCGGAGCUCCUCUUCUCGCACCGCCUCUCCGCCAAUCGCGCUGUGCAACGUGGCAUUUUCAACUCUCGUGCUGCUGCUGUAGCAUCCAACUCCCUCUGCUCUCCUCCUCCUCUUCCUGCUGCUGCUGCUGCUAGUAAUGCUGCCCCUGCCACUGCACCCACUGCUCCCACCGCUCCCACCGCUCCCACCGCUGCUACAGCCAGGCCCAUGGGGGCGUCGGUGCUCCUAUUCGAAGACGUGGACGUGCUUAUCGAUGAAGACAGGGGCUUCAUUCCGCUUUUGGUGCAGCUCUUGUCGCCGUCUCGCCAGCGCAACAAGCGACCCAUCAUUCUCACUGCCAACUCUCCCAACCCGAGCCUCCCCGCCGCCCUCACUCGCUUCGUCAUCCCCUUCAGUUUACCUCGAGCACACCAAGUCUUGCCGCUUCUGGACAAGGUUUGCUUGGAACAAGCACCUCUCGCUCCUCCCCCGCUUCCCGCCCUCCUCUCCCUCCUCCUCUCCCCUCUCUCCUCUGACCUCCGCUCUCUCCUCGUCUUCCUCCAAUUCUGGCUUCCUAGGGGUUUGCCACUUCCCAACCCUUUAUUCCAGGCUCCUCCUGGGGUUCAGCUGCCUCAACCUGUGGAUUGUACGGAUGAUAGUGGUAAUAGUGGCUGUGAUUGCAGCAAAGAUGGAUGUGAUCGUAAAGGAGAAAGUUUGGCAGGAGAGAGGGGAGUCAGGCGGGAGGAGUUGGUUAAAGCACUCUGGGUGCAGGGAGCCCCACACCGGUCCCUGCCCGGAUUUUUCGGGCAUGUUCACAGCAGGGUUAUGGCGCCCGUGUCAAACUUUUUGGCCGCCCGGUUGGCUGCGGCUGUUGCUGCAGCAGCAGAGGAAGAGACAGAGGCGGUUGCAGGGGUGCUCGGAAGGAGGUGGGAGGGGAGGAGGAGGAGGGAGGAGAGAGGGAGGGAGAGGGAGGCGAGAGAAAGGGCUGAGAGGAGGCGGAUGGAGCGGGCAGAACGGGCAGCGGAAAAAGAAAGGGAGAGGGUGGAAAGGGCGAGGAGGCGAGCAGCGAAAUUGGCAGCUAUGGAGGAGGAGGAAGGGGAGGUGAUGGUGAUAGGUGGGGGAGAAGGGGAGUGUGGAGAGGGAGGCGAGGGAAGUGGGGGAGAUAAGGGAUUUGGAGUUAUGGAGCGCAAAAGUGAGGCUCGUAGAGAGAGUAGUCUGGUGGCAAGGGUUGCAACGGUUGCAAAUGGCAGUCUGAGGAGGCUGAGGCGGGGGAGGGGAGCGAAAAGGAGGCUUUCAGGGGAAAGGGGGCUGGACAGGAGGGAUAGUGAUGGAGGGGAGGGUGGGGUUGAAGAGAGAAUGGGCGAGGAGGGAGCAGAUGCUGCUGGGGAUGGUAUUGAGGAGAAGGUGGGAGAUGAGAAUGUGGCAGGGGUUGGGAAGGAGGUGGCUAGAACAAGCAGUGAGGAAGGGGCUGGUUUUGAGUUGAGUCGAAAUGAGGAGAACAAGGGUAGAUUCGCUCGGAAGAGGAAGCUGAGGGCGGUUAUGAGCUCAGACGAGGAGGAGGAGGAAGGAGAGAAAGAAGAGGUGGAGAUGGAGGAGGGAAUGGGGGGCUACAGCCAAGGUGGGGUGCGACGACGGCAGAAGAGACUAGAGGAUCUAGGGCGUUUCAGUGGGGAUGUGAACAGCAGUGAGAGGUGUGAGGGCACGGAUGCACCUGAUGUUGAGCGCUUGAGGCGCCUGGAAAGUGGUCUGAGUGGGGAUGUGAACAGCAGUGAGAGGUGUGAGGGCACGGAUGCAAGGGAAAACCAAACGGCUGAGGCUCAAGGGAUUGUUGAGUCGACUCAUAAGUCACCUCGACUCAAAAGUCACAGCAGUGAGAGGGGUGACGGCACGGACUCAAGGGAAAACCAAACGGCUGAGGCUGAAGGCAUUGGGAGUGGCAGGGGGAAAGGAAAUGUGGAGGAGGUUGCAGAAGUGAGAUCAGGGGAAGGGUCGCGUGUUGAGGUGGCGAGGGGGGAGGUGAGAGGAGGUGAGAGCGCGUAUGCAGUUGAGGGUGAAGGGAGGGGAGGUGGCAAGGUGAAACCAAGUUUGGUGGCGGUUGCACAAGUGAGAUCAGGGGAAGGGUUGGGUGUUGAGGUGGUGGGGGGGGAGGUGAGAAGAGAGGAGCAGUGUGGGGAGGGGGUGACUGGGGAAGGGGCGACUGGGAAGGGGGGAACUGGGGAGGGGGAAACUGGGGAGGGGCCAGGCGUUGAGGUGGGGGGAGAGGUGAGGGGAGUUGAAGGGCAGUGUGGGGAUUGGGCGACUGGAGAGGGGGCGACUGGGGAGGGGGCGACUGGAGAGGGGGCGACUGGGGAGGGGGCGACUGGAGAGGGGGCGACUGGGGAGGGGGCUACUAAAGAGGGCGCAACUGGGGAGGGGGGAGGAGGGGAGGGGGAGACCGGGGUGGGGAUAACUGGGGAGGGGGAAACUAGGGAGGGGGGAGCUGGGGAUGGUGCAACUGGGGAAGAGGCAGUUGGGGAGGGGGAAACUGAGGGGGGAACUGGGGAGGGGGCAACUGGGGAGGAGUGUGGUGUGACAAGGGACGAGUGUGAAGAGGGGAGGGAGGAAGAGGAUGAGGUGGCUUUUGAGUCGACUGAAAAGUCAGCUCGGGAGGAAGAGGAUGAGGUGGCUUUUGAGUCGACUGAAAAGUCAGAUCGGGAGGAAGAGGAUGAGGUGGAAGCACUGAGUGACGUGGAGGGUGACACAGAUGGGCUGCUGGAGGAGCUGCUGCCAGGUGGCAACACGCGAUUGGAGGAGAUCUGCUCAGCCAGCGCAGCAGAUACCUGGAAGGAGCUCAAGCUUCAGGCGUCCGAAUCUGAUUGGCUCAGAGCGAACAGGUCCGGUACCGAGGCUAAGACCGAGGCUCGGCAGGAGCUGACUCUGUUGACUCGGCUGACCGAGCUGACUGCCAGGCUGGCAGAUGCUGACGUCAUCACAGGGGGAUUGACCUGCCACAGGGUGCCCAUGGGGUUGGAGACUGACGCUGACUUUGACUGGCUCAACAGGAAGACUGGCGUUGACUUUCUUGACUGGGGGGCUCCAGCCCCUUCCCACAUGUUCAACGCUGCCAAUGCAGCCGAUACAUGGAACAAUGCAAGUCAUUCAGGGGCUGCUGGUGAUGCUUCUGCUGCUGCUGGUGCUGCUGCUUGCAAGCGGCCAUGUCUUGAGGCACUUCAAGACAUGUCCGAGCCUGCUGGGGUCUGGCCAUGGGCCAAGACGGGUCAUCGGGGUGUUGAUGAGGAACAACCAGGCAGGGAGGAUUGGUGUGACCUGCCUGUUUCUAUCGAAGCAGCUCUUAAAGGAGACAGCAGUUCCGCAGAAUGUGAUCUACACAGCUCCCAUAAGCAGCAGUGUUUGAGUACCGGCAUGACAGCUCCAUGUAGCAAGGCUGGCAAGGCCGGCAAGGCUUCAUCUAGACUGGUGCUUCCUGGGGAGGGUGUAGAAUCAGAAAUAGCCCCUGUCUUAGCUUACUCGGCUAUGCUCUUUGCGCUCACAGGCUGUCUCCCUGCCACGGCAACUCCAAGAUUGGAUGGUCGGACUGCCCCGCUCCAUGCUAGUGGGAGUGAAUGUGACAAUAGCGAGGGUGAUUGUGGGCGAGGUGAUUGUGAGGUAGGAGGGUGGGCGAAGGAGGCCAGAGGGAAGUGGUUGUCGAUGCGUCGAAUGCUGGCAGUGCAUGGCGAUGCUGAUGCCAUAGGGUCGUUGAUGGCUUCUCAUGAGUGUCUUAUGUGAGUGGUCGUUGGUGGUUAUCGAAGUAACAUCUUCGAGCAUCCUACCGUGGUGAUGGGUUGGUUCGAUGGAUGGUGGGCGGGGAAGGCCUCUUGGAUGUGGUUGUCUCUGGGUAGAAUGCUGGUCGUGCAUGGUGAUGUUGAUGCAAUAAGAGGGUUUAUCUUAGGGUUUAUUUUAUGCUGCGUUUUUCUUGGCACGUUAGUUCCAUGAUUUGAUAUCAAAUUGGCGAUUAUGAUCGGUUU